AUGGAAAUAGCACAAGGAAUGGCAUACCUUCACCAUUAUUGUUUUGUUCAAGUGAUUCACUGUGACCUCAAGCCCAACAAUGUUCUAUUAGGAGAUGACAUGACUUCAUACAUAACAGAUUUUGGCAUUUCCAAUAUUAUUUUGGGAAAUUCUAUGGAUUCUUUGACUUCUACAGAUGCACUUAAAGGAUCUGUUGGCUACAUUGCACCAGAGUAUGGAAUGGGUGGAAAUCUUACUACGAAAGGAGAUGUGUACAGUUAUCGAAUUUUGAUUUUAGAAUUGUUGACAAGGAAGAGACCAACAGAGGAUAUAUUCAGUGAAGGAAUGAACCUACAAAAAUGGAUAGAAAUGAAUUUUCCUAAUAGAAUCUCAGAUGUGGUGGAUAAUUUUCUGCUAAUAGAUGCUCAUGAAUCAGAGACGUCAAUGGUAAUCGAAUGCGUUACUCAAUUUAUACAAAUUGGGUUGUUUUGCACAAGGGAAGCACCUCAAGAGCGACCUGAUAUGACUGAGAUAAUUGAUAGAUUAAAUGCAAUUAGAGGUGCAUUUAUUGGUAACCGUAAAACUCCUCAAUUACCAAUAGAUAUCACACCUUUUAUUGAUAAUGAAAGAAAUAUGAAAAUGCCUGGGAGGGAAAAUAGGGGAAGUUCGUCUAUGUCUACAUCCUAA